GAAAGGCGCUUCGUUCUAUUUGAAGGUCAAUACCUAUGCUUCGUGUUGUACGCGCUGUGAGCGCGUUACAGAAGACCCUUCCGAUUACUUUUAGAAACUUAUCAACCAAUAAUAAUGUCUUAGACCUAUCAAAAAUCCGUAAUAUUGGCAUAUCUGCUCACAUUGACAGCGGGAAGACUACACUUUCCGAAAGAAUUCUUUUCUACACCAAAAGAAUAAAGGAGAUGCAUGAAGUUAGAGGCAAAGAUGGAGUUGGUGCUGUGAUGGAUUCAAUGGAACUAGAGAGACUACGUGGAAUAACGAUUCAGUCUGCCUCAACCUUUACAAUGUGGAAAGAUUGCACUAUCAAUCUCAUUGAUACACCCGGCCACGUAGAUUUUACAGUCGAAGUUGAAAGAGCUCUUCGAGUACUUGAUGGUGCAGUUCUAGUAUUAUGUGCUGUCGGUGGAGUUCAAUGUCAAACAAUCACAGUGACUAGACAAAUGGAUCGUUAUAAUAUACCUCGAAUCGCAUUUAUUAACAAACUUGAUCGCCAAGGUGCAGAUCAUGUUCGAGUUCUUAAUCAAAUAAGAUCAAAGCUUAACUUCAACUCAGCUUUUAUCAAUAUACCCCUAUGUGAAGAGCCAAAAAAUACAGGAAUAAUUGAUUUAAUUAGUGAGACAGCUGUUUAUUUUGAUGAACCAUUUGGUUUAACUGUAAGACAAGAUGCUAUCCCAUCAUCCAUGUUAGCGGAAACUAAAGAACGUCGUGCUGAGUUUAUUGAAUGUCUGGCUAAUGCUGAUGACGAGAUUGGAGAAGCAUUUUUAAAUGAAAAACCAUUAACUCAAGCUGAAUUAAAAGCUGGUUUACAUAGAGCUACAAUUGCAAGACGAUUUGUUCCAGUUUUAGUUGGUUCAGCAUUACGUAACCGUGGUGUACAGCUUUUACUCGAUGCCAUUGUGGAUUAUUUGCCUAACCCUGGAGAAGUAAUAUAUUAUGCUUUGAAUGAAAGUUCUGGUGAAACUAGAAAGGUACCACUAAAACCUGAACGAACCAGUGAUAAUCCAUUCCUGGGACUGGCUUUCAAACUGGAAGCUAGUAAAUUUGGUCAGUUAACUUAUAUGCGUAUCUACCAAGGUUGUUUACGUCGUGGUGAUUCAGUAAGAAAUUCUCGUACAGGUCGUCGUAUUCGAGUAUCUCGACUUGGUCGAUUAAAUGUUACAGAAUUAGAAGAUUUAGAAGCUGUUUAUGCAGGAGAUAUUGCUGCAUUUUUUGGUGUUGAUUGUGCAUCUGGUGAUACAAUGGUUGAUGUAAAUAUGAAAGAACCAUUAGCUAUGGAAUCAAUGUUCAUCCCAGAACCAGUUGUAUCAAUGUCAAUUAAACCGACAAAUAGAUCAACUGUUGAAUUAUUUAGUAGAGGUUUAUCACGAUUUACACGUGAAGAUCCAACGUUUAUUCUUUCACAAGAUUCUGAUACUGGUGAAUCAAUAGUGUCUGGUAUGGGAGAAUUACACUUGGAAAUUUAUGCUCAACGUUUAGCACGAGAGUAUAAUGCACCAUGUAUAUUAGGUAAACCUCGUGUUGCAUUUCGUGAAACAUUAAGUGAACCAUUCACAUUUGAUUAUCUUCAUAAACGACAAUCUGGUGGCGCUGGUCAAUAUGGUCGAGUAAUUGGUAUACUUGAACCUUUACCACCUGAUUCUUAUACAAAAUUAAUUUUUUCCGAUGAAACAGUUGGUACAAAUGUACCUAAAAAUUUUGUUCCAGCUAUUGAAACUGGUUUUCGUAAUUCUUGUCAAAUUGGUCAAUUAGCUGGACAAAAAAUUACUGGUGUACGAUUUCGUUUACAAGAUGGUGAUAAUCAUUGUGUAGAUAGUAGUGAUUGGGCUUUUCAACAAGCAGCUGAAGGUGCUAUGAAACAAGCUAUGGAUGAAGGUUCUUGGUUAUUAUUAGAACCGAUUAUGUAUGUGGAAGUAUCUGGACCAGCAGAAUAUCAAGGUGUAUUAAUUGCUACUGUAACACGACGUAAUGGUCUUAUUGUCAGUACGGAAGUUAGUGAAUCAUAUGCUUUGGUUAAUGCAGAAGUACCAUUAAAUGAUAUGUUUGGCUUUUCUGGUGAGUUACGCAGUAUCACUGAGGGUAAAGGUGAAUUUACAAUGGAGUAUCUAAAGUAUUGUCCGACUCGACAAGCAACUAGUGAUGCAUUAAUACAAGAGUAUGAAUCAGCUGAAGAGGCGAAAUUAAUUGCUAGCGGUAAAGGUGGAGCAAUUACUAGAAGAAAGAAGAAGUAAUUGACUACCAACUGUUAUUGGAGGGACUAAGAAAAGCAAGUUAUUUAGUCGCUAUUUAUCAUUCUUAAAUCAAGUCCGCUACAUUAGUCGAAAUUUUAAUAUAAGAAAAUGUGAUUGAUUAGUAUCAUGCUAACAAUAAUCCUUGAAUGUUGUUACGGGCUUAUCACAUACGUGUUAACUGUUUAAUAAGGCUAUCGGGUUAUAACGAAGCAGUUUUCAAAUCCUUGCUGAUGAUAUCCAAUGAUGCUCUUCAACUGACAUGUGUUUGUGACGACAAUUAUCUUUGAGUUAGUAUUUGUUGAAAGGGGAGGGAAUGUUAAGUCCCCAGGAAAUCGCUUACUUAAUUAUUAUUCUUUGAACGUAAACCUAUUUUGCCGCCGAAACCUCCAAUUGUGCUUAAGGAUGCUGUUUUUUUAUUGGUCCGUGUCAUUUACUCUACUAAGUUCUUACUCUAUUUCCAAGUUCACUGUACACGUGCUCAUGCCUGUAUGAUGUUUACUUAGAUCAGUAUGCUUUGCUCUCUACCAAGUAAAUCUUCAUUGUAAGGUCGGAGAGUUCGGAGUUAAAAGAAACAGGGUGGUUUUGCAUGCAAUAAUCAAAACUACACCAAAAGUUUUUGCCUUUGGUUCACAGGAAAUCAUUCAGAAUAAAUGCAGCUUUAAGAAGUAACACAUAAAUGCCAUGAAAUAAUAAUAGUAACUAAGGUAGACAAAACGAUGACAAGUGAGAAAAGUGAGAUAAAACUGAAAUGGUGGUUGACAAAUUUUAUUGUAUUCAGUCUUUAGAAAAGUUUAAAAAUAACUUGACCUACUUAUAUUAGUAAGUAGUUUGGGGUAAUAUACGAAAAGAUGGUUAUUACAUAUGUAUUUAAAUCUCGCUAGUCUAAGAAGGCGGAGUUGUUUUGAAAAAUGUAUAAACUUAAGAAUGGGCCUCUAGAAAUUUCUGUGCAAAGUAUUUAAAGCUGUUAUCGGGUAAAUCUAGUGGCCUUCAAUUACACCUAAAUCCCUUAGUACGACCGAGGAUUUGGAAAGUCCACUUCCCCUCGCGGAAUGCUCUCACGUGGCUACGCCUAUAUAGCUACUGCCAGGGAAGUCCGACUCACUGCCUUUUAGCGGUGGCAGCUUGUUUUGCGAAAUUAAAGGGACAAAGAGCGAGUGUCCAACGCUUUCACACGGUUGGUGAACAAGAAGAGACCACUUAGGGGAGUUGGAAAACCCUGAUUUCAAACCAGUUGUGCACAUAGGCUUUAGGAUCCUGAAGGAGCAAAUAUACCUAUUGUCUGUCGCCCGCUACCUUGGGACUGUCUAGAAGUUUAUAUUCUGUAAUAAAACUUUGUAUAGUCACUAAUUGUUAAAUCUUAUUGAAGCUCCUCACUACACAAUUAAAUGAUGCUUGAAAUCUGUUGAUCAAAGAUCGACAAAUACUGUAUUGUUAUCAUGAAAAUAUACAGUGUCAGUCAUGUUUUUACACUCAAAGAAAGAUCCCUCCUGGGAUGUAUAUACAAAGUGAUUUACAAUAAGAUCGGAUAAGCGAAUGAAUAAAUAUUUGGCGAAUACUCCAAAAUCGGAAGUGACUGUUGAAAGUAUUAAGGAGGUGAGAUUACAAUUAUAAACAAAUUAAGUGCCAUUACAAUUGAUUGAUCACUGGGUGGUGAUCAAUUCCAUGCGUAUCAAGUCCUUCUUAGUACUGAUCGAAUGCUAUCGAUCAAGUUUCAAUGUGGCCACUAGUGUAGGUGGCUCGACACUGCGUGCACUAUGUUGAGAUAAGAUGGUGAUUGAAGGUGGUCAACAGGAAACCCUGGACUCGGGUUUCGUGCUACUUGGCACUCUUCAGCAAGGUGUACCUGCAAUCUUGAGGGAAUUGUUGCUCCCUGACGGAUUCGAUACCGUGUCACUCAACUUCACAAUCAGUACCAUUAAUUUAUGUGAAUUCUUAGGAAUGUUAUAUAUUUAUAAGAUAAACAUAUGCUGUACGCCCUUUCUUUUUAAUCGAAACUGAUUACUGAACAUUAGUAAGUAGUAUAAUACAGUAUAUAAAAUAUUCGGAAAAUAAGGGGAUAUACAUAGAACGCAAACCAACUUGACAGUAUUUUGCUUGUUAUUCUGAUUAUUAUAAACUAAUAAGUGGCAUACUUCUUUUAUUUCCCCUUUUCUUUACAUGUCUUCUCUUCAUUAUAUAGGAAUUGAUUUAAGAAGUCAACAAAGAGGAAAGACUAUUCUCUUUAUGAUGAUGAAUUAUUCAUACAUAUGUCUUUCUUAACUGUACAAAGAACGCCUUUCAUAUAUAUACCAUGUAUAUUUUACAUGUCAUCUUGUCACUGUUGUUUGUAGUUUGUCUCAAUAGAUUGAUUUGAUACUAGACAUUA